CAACUUGUUAAGGGACAAUCGACAGGGGGGUCGCAAAUGGUCCCAGAUUCUAGAACGGAAAUUUUCUGAAGAGAUAACCAUCAUCAAACCACAUUUUCCUCCCCCUGCAUGGCUGGCCGAGGUCAUUAAAAGCAUCCUCUCGCUGGAUAGCGCUUCACCAAGUACAUAUGGAAGUAUAACGCAGAGAAACUUCCGACGCUAUCAUGGCUUCCAGCAGAUUCGGUCCAUCUUCGCUGCACCAGCGCGACCCGCGCAGCGCCCUGUUUGAGGGUUACAACGGAGGCGCCGACAGCAACCGUCGACCCAGUCCGAGUCCAAACCGUGCCGCCGCCGGCUAUGGAUACCCCGGCGGACCUGCAUCGAAUCACCUAGGCGUCCAGGGCUCGUCGUAUCGUCCCGCAACACCAAACAAGAGGGGACAGUACAGCGAUGCAGUGCUUAACGAGCUUGAGAGCCAGAACGAUUCCCAGGUUGAAGGGAUUAUGGGGAAAGUCAAGAUAUUGAAGGAUAUGACGGUGGCCAUUGGCGACGAGAUCCGAGAAUCAUCAGCUCUCGCUGAAAAGAUGAACGACAGCUUCGACACGACUCGACUACGACUGCGCGGUACUAUGAACAGGAUGAUGGUGAUGGCUGAGAGGACCGGAGUUGGCUGGAAGGUGUGGCUAGGCUUCUUUGCUGUGGUUGCUAUGUUGUUCAUAUACGUUUGGCUAUUCUGAGGCUUGCAUACUGUCUAGGAGGAUAUGCUUUCACUGGCAUCUCCUUUUGGCCAGGGUGGCAGGGCUCACGCUGUAUUACACAACUACAUUGUAAAAACAGAUGGCCACUGGAGUUUCAAGGAGUUUGGUUAUAUAGGCAACAGUCUCAUGGGCAUAUUCAUUUUCCAAUAAGGUCACGAGCCUUUACCGCGUUCAUAUGAUUCUUAUGAUUGAUAAUCUUCAAUGGGUAUUUAUGCUUUCGUUGUCGUUGGUC